AUGUAACAUGCAGCUCCUUCCUCUUCUUGACCGUAUCCAAGUUCUUUGCUCCUCCUUUCAUGGCUAUCUUAACACCACCAUGUGUCCUCAUGUUGUUCGUUCCAUCGGUCAUGGUUCUCAUCUCCUCGCUCCGAGGGUUUUCUGUGGGUGAACUCGAGGUCGGAUUCUACUCCACCUCUUGCCCAAAUGCCGAGGAAAUUGUUCGCUGGGUAGUCGCCGAAGCUGCAAAUUCUGACUCUGCCAUUCCUGCAGCCUUGCUGAGGCUCCAUUACCAUGAUUGCAUUGUUCGAGGAUGCGAUGGAUCGAUACUGAUAAGAGACCCAGAUGACGCCAGCCUAGAGAAGAAAUCGUCAAACCACGCCGGGGUGCGCGGCUUCGACGUGAUCGAACGAGCGAAAGCCAGGUUGGAAGCCGAGUGCGAAGGCGUCGUCUCCUGCGCGGACAUCGUCGCUCUCGCAGCCCGCGACGCCGUCUUUCUGCAGAGCCGAGGGCCGUACUACGAUGUCCCGACGGGGCGAAGGGACGGCAGAGUCUCCAACGUCUCCGACGCCUCCCACAUGCCGGACAUUCGCGAGUCCGUCGCAGUCCUCAAAGCAAAGUUCGCUAAGAAAGGCCUCUCGGAGAAGGAUCUGGUCCUCCUCAGUGCGGCGCACACUAUCGGAACGACGGCAUGCUUCUUCCUGCAGGACAGGCUGUACAACUUCUUUGAAGGCGGCGGCUCCGACCCCUCGAUCAACCCCCAUUUUCUGCCGGAGUUGAAGCUGCGCUGCCCGGCGGGCGGGGACAUCAACGUCCGGCUGCCGCUCGACCCCGGGAGCGAGACGGUGUUCGACAUGCACAUACUCCGCAACAUCCGCUCCGGCCUCGGGGUGAUCGAAUCGGACGCCAAGCUCUACGCCGAUGCGUCGACGAGGGCCAUCAUCGACUCCUACUUGGGCUCCCUAAGUCCAGUACCGUCCUUCGACAGGGACUUCGCGGAGUCCAUGGUGAGGAUGGGAAUGCUUGACGUGCACACAGGCUCGCACGGCGAGAUCAGGCGCGUCUGCUCCAGAUUCAACUGAGCUCUCCGUCCUUUUUUGUUUUGCAAUGCUCUGUGAAAAGGGACGUGUGCGGUAUGCGUAUAAUGGCAUUAUAGAAAAUAGGCCAACAUAUCAAUAAUAUACGUUUAAUGAGUUUGACGAGA